CAGUUCCCCUGCGAGAGCGGCCUCCAGCUGGGACUAGCCCCAGGCGAGGACUGACUGAGUGCGUGUGUGAGAGAGACGCGGACUGCCCCCCCACCCCCCACCUCACUGGAGACCCAGAGGACCCAGAGACCAGCAGGAAAUCCUUUGCCAUCCAGCAUGGUUUCCCAGGGAUCCUCCACCUCCCUGCUGGAGGCCUUGAGCAGUGACUUCCUGGCCUGCAAGAUCUGCCUGGAGCAGCUGCAGGUGCCCAAAACCCUGCCCUGCCUGCACACCUACUGCCAGGCCUGCCUGGCCCAGCUGGCUGAAGAUGGCCACCUGAGGUGUCCCGAGUGCCGGGAGGUCGUGCCUGUGCCAGCCGGGGGUGUGGCCGUCUUCAAGACCAACUUCUUCGUAAAUGGACUGCUGGACUUGGUGAUGGCCCGGGCCGGGGGAGACCUGCGUGCAGGGAAGCCAGCCUGUGCCCUGUGCCCCUUGAUGGGGGGCACCAGCACCGGAGGGCCAGCCACUGCCCGGUGUCUGGACUGUGCCGACAACUUGUGCCAGGCCUGCGCCGAUGGGCAUCGCUGCACCCGCCAGACCCAUGCCCACCGAGUGGUGGACCUGGUGGGCUACCGGGCCGGCUGGUAUGACGAGGAGGCCCGAGAGCGCCAGGCAGCCCAGUGUCCCCAGCACCCCGGGGAGGCUCUGCGCUUCCUGUGCCAGCCCUGCUCUCAGCUGCUGUGUCGAGAGUGCCGCCUGGACCCACACCUGGACCACCCGUGCCUGCCCCUGGCUGAGGCCGUGCAGGCCCGGAGGCCGGACCUGGAGGAGCUGCUCCAGGGCGUGGACAAGAGCCUGGGGGAGCUGGAGGCUGCCCGGACGACAGAGAAGGAGAUGCUGGCCCAGCUCCGUGAGCAGGCGGCCGGGGUGGGCCUGCAGGUGGAGGAGGCAGCUGAGCGGGUCCUCCGGGCCCUUCUGUCCCAGAAGCAGGAGGUGCUUGGGCAGCUCCGGGCCCACGUGGAAGCUGCGGAGGAGGCUGCUCGGAGGAGGAUGGUGGAGCUGGAGGGCCGGGAGCAGGUGGCCAGGACAGCGGCCACAUUCGCCCGUCGAGUGCUCAGCCUGGGGCGGGAGGCCGAGAUCCUCUCCCUGGAGGGGGCAAUGACGCAGCGGCUCCAGCAGCUGCAGGACUGGCCCUGGACCCCUGGGCCCUCCCCUGGCUUGCUGCCCCGACUGGAGCUCCACCCCCAGCUGCUGGAGGAGGGGUACCCCCUGCUCCAGCUCGCCUUUGACCAGCAGCAGCCCCAGAAGGGCAACGGGAGAGACGGAGCUGGGGCCCAGGGCCACGACCCCACCCUGAUCCAGGGCAAAGACAGAGCCAAAGCAGAGAAGCCGGGCAGUGGAAUCCAGCCACAGAGCCAGGAGGUCGCCAAGUCCCCCAAAGCUGAGAGAGCCCAGGUUCUGCGAGAAGAGAGGCCCCAGACACCCACGGUGGACAGAACUUGGGUCCCCAGAGAAGCGAAAGAAGUCAAGCCCCAGAAAAGCGGUAGCACCAACAGGAGACCCAUGAAAGGCAGGCUGGAGCCCGUUUCUCGGGAGCACAGCCCAGCCCCCUGGCCCACCCUGGAAGGCCGCGGCCUGCUUCCCAAGCCCGUCUUCUCCUGCAGUUUCCCCACGCGCAUGCCCGGAGACAAGUGGUCUCCCCGGAUCACAGGGCUCUGUCCCUUUGGCACCCGGGAGAUCCUGCUGGCCGAUGAGCAGAACAAGGUGCUGAAGCGUUUCUCCCUCAACGGGGACUACAUGGGCAGGGUGCACAUCCCCGAGGGCUGCUCGCCAUGCAGCGUGGCCAUGCUGCGGGACGCGGUGGCCUUCUCAUCUGGAGCCCGACUCUACCUCAUCCGCUCAAACGGCGAGGUACAGUGGCGCCGGACUCUGAAACACUCACAGGCCAGCCACGCCGUGGCCGCCCUGCCGGGCGGGAACAAAGUGGCUGUCAGCGUGUCCGGCUACGUGGAGGUUUAUAGCAUGGAAGGAAAUCUGGCCACCCGGUUUGUCCCUGGGGGCAAGGCCAACAAGGGCCUCCGGGCACUGGUGUUCCUGGCAACCAGCCCCCAGGGCAACUUUGUGGGCUCCGACUGGCAGCAGAAUAGCCUGGUGGUCUGUGAUGGGCUGGGCCAGGUGGUCAGUGAGUACAGUGGGCCCGGCCUGCAGGGCUGUCAGCCGGGCUCCGUGUCUGUAGACAAGAAGGGAUUUAUCUUUCUGACUCUCCGGGAGGUCAACAAAGUCGUCGUGCUGGACCCGAAGGGUUCCUUUCUGGGGGACUUCCUCACGGCUUACCACGGCCUGGAGAAGCCGAGAGUGACCACCAUUGUGGACGGCCAGCACCUGGUCGUGUCCCUGAGUAAUGGGACCAUCCAUGUCUUUCGGAUCCGCUCUCCUGAGAGUUAA